CUUGUACUUUCCUAUUGCGAUUUCAACCAUAUGAUUGUACAGGUCUGAAGAUGAAUCAUCGAAAACAAUUGUUCACCCUCGGUCUUUCGUUCUUGAUAAUGAAAUGGGAAUUUUCCACUUACUGAAAUCGUCCAAGCCGCCCUCAGUGGUGAGGGAACUAAAUCAGUUCCUUAAGUUCUCCACUAGGCUUGCCGAGGCUAAAACUUGUGUAAAAUUCUUCGAUGAUUGCAUUGAAGGCAACGAAUAUCCUAGCAGAUUUUGGAAGCAAUUGCGCCGCAGUCGUAUCUACCCGAAUGCCAAAACGCUUAGACGUCAUACUUUGAACCAGCGUGACACGGUGCAAUGCAAGAUUCCCGAAUUCGAACGCAAUAUAGCGCAACGUCAACAUGUGAUUGACGAGUUAGCGUUGGACAUGAAACAAUCAUUCCUGGAUUACGUUCAGUCUGUCACCGCAAACCGUGUACGACAAAGGCAUUUGGCCCUAACAAAGACGUUGAAUCAGCAUAAGCCGCAAUCCACUUUCCCUAAUAGACCUGAGAGGUACGUGCACAAUUUCUCAAGUAUGAAAUUGAACUCCACUUUAAUGGAAGUUCUAUCGCUUGGUCCAAAGUUUUGCGCUCCCAAACACAAAGACAAUCAGCUUCACUAUGAGUUACAGUUUGAAAGUCUGUUUGGCCAAACAAAAGGGCUAGUAGCUAAGUCAAAUGAAGACCUGGAACGCUUUAAGUGUUCUUUAGUGAACACCUGCUACCAGUAUCGCAAGUGCCAUGUCCACACUCACGGUCCACUGACACGCAAGCACCUUGACGCGCUGAAGGAUUUACGACGCAAUGGUAAGAUCGUUCUGAGCAGACCGGACAAGGGUACUGGAGUCGUUCUGUUGGAUAAAGAAGACUAUAUAAACAAGCUCGAAAAGGUUCUGAGUGACGAAUCGAAAAUUUCCCGAAUGAUUGGAGAAAAGGACCAGACAGAGAGGAUUGAAAACCAAAUUAUUAAAAGCUUGCGAGAUCUUCGGAAUAAUGGACAUAUAUCAAAUACACUUUAUGAUAGCCUGAAGCCGAGUGGCACGAAUGUCCCGAGACUUUAUGGGUUACCAAAAAUUCAUAAGACAGGUGUCCCGCUUCGCCCGAUCUUAUCAAUGGUUAAUUCACCCUACCAUGGCGUCGCCCAAUGGCUUGUGGAAAUUCUAGAGCCAGUAAGACAGCGACUUACACGCUACAGCCUUCGUGACACCUUUCAUUUCAUCGAAAGCAUCAAAGAUCGCAACAUUGAUAAGAAAGUAAUGUUUUCCUUGGAUGUUGUAUCGCUUUUCACCAACGUGCCACUUUUCGAGACGAUCGAUUAUCUUUGUUCCUACAUAGAAGAAACAAAAGCAAGUAUAUGCAUACCGUUGCGUGACUUGAAAAGCCUUCUUUUGCGUUGCACUUGGAACGUACAGUUCUUAUUCAAUGGCACUUACUACCGACAAAAGGAUGGUGUAGCUAUGGGAUCACCAUUGGGUCCGUUGUUAGCUGAUGUCUUCGUGGCGAAAUUAGAGAAUACCAAGUUACAUGAGGAGAUCACGGCCUUUGAAUGUUACCACCGCUAUAUGGACGACAUAUUUGUCGUGGCCGACCAGUCUGUUGAUCUUGACGCUGUUAUUGACCGCUUUAAUCGGGCCCACGGAUCAUUGCAGUUCACCUACGAAAAGGAAUUGAACGAUCAGUUGCCGUUUCUUGAUGUGCUGUUAACUAGAAGGGCAGACGGCUCGAUCCAACGGCAAGUCUACAGGAAGAAAACCUGGAGUGGCCAGUAUACGAACUUUCACAGUUUCGUUCCGUUGAGAUAUAAGCGAAACCUAAUUCGCUGUCUAACCACAAGGGCCCACAGGAUCUGUUCUGAAGACAAGUUGGAUAAUGAGUUGACGCUCAUUCAGAAUUUGCUGCGCGAAAACGGAUAUCCUGAUCGUUUCAUUUUGAGGAACAUGCAAAUUCAAGUGCGCUUGUGGCGCUACUUACAUCGGUCGAACGGCGCGGCAACUUUCGAAACGCAUUAA